AAGUCCAAAUCUCGCCAGUGCGGCCCCGACUUUGGCCCCGUCCACUCGCUACGCUCUCACAGGACAUUUGAGGACAUGGAUUCUCUUACAACUCUCACUAAUUUCUCUCUUGAAGAGGCAUCAUCAGCACCUUUCACAAACUCUUCGGGCGAGAUCAACUCAUUCUACUUCUAUGAGACGGAGCAGUUCACGCUGUUGUGGAUCCUGUUCAUCGCCAUAGUUGUCGGCAACACCUCAGUCCUGGCAGCGCUCGUCCUGACUAAGGCUCGCAAGUCUAGAAUGAAUUUCUUCAUCAAACACCUCGCCUUUGCAGACUUACUGGUGGGGAUCAUUAGUGUGCUGACGGACAUCAUCUGGCACAUCACCGUGUCCUGGACCGCCGGUAACCUCGCCUGCAAGAUCGUGCGUUUCUUACAGGCAGUAGUCACAUAUUCUUCCACAUAUGUUCUAGUCGCUCUCUCCGUAGAUCGUUAUGACGCCAUCAUUCAUCCCAUGAACUUCUCUGGCAGUUGGAGGAGAGCUAGGAUCUUGGUAGCCUGCUCCUGGCUCCUCAGUGUCCUCUUCUCAUCGCCCAUCAUUAUCCUUUAUGAGGAGAGGGUUAUACAAGGAAGACUGCAGUGUUGGAUAGAGCUGACUAAGCUGCAGUGGAGAGUGUACAUGACUCUCGUGGCUCUCCUGCUGUUUGUCCUGCCAGCUCUCAUUAUCACGGCUUGCUACACGAUCAUCGUGUACACGAUCUGGACCAAGAGCAGCAUGCUGAGUCCCUCCCACCACGCUUCUACUCCACUUAAGAAUGGAGAUCGGCUGGACGAGGCAGAGUUGCGUAGAGCCAGCUCGAGGGGGAUUAUCCCUAGGGCGAAAAUUAAAACUGUGAAAAUGACUUUUGUUAUAGUGUUCGUAUUCAUUCUCUGCUGGAGCCCUUACAUUGUGUUCGAUCUGCUGCAAGUGUACGGCUUCAUCCCCCAGACUCAGACGUACAUCGCUGUCGCUAACUUUAUCCAGAGUCUUGCACCGCUCAACUCUGCCGCCAACCCCGUCAUCUACUGCAUGUUCUCCACACAUCUCUGCAUGCCUCUCAGGUAACUUUAUCCAGAGUCUUGCACCGCUCAACUCUGCCGCCAACCCCGUCAUCUACUGCAUGUUCUCCACACAUCUCUGCAUGCCUCUCAGGUAACUAUAUCCAGAGUCUUGCACAACU